AUGAGCGCGAGCCAAGGCUUCCUCAAGCAACUGCGGGACGCCGUUGGCAUGAAUGCAAACGGCUUUAUGUCCGGUACUAAAAUGGGUCUUCUGCAGCCCCUUGACGCCGGACUCAAUGAUACCGUGUCUUAUUACACCGGCAGUGGCCUUCCGAAAGGAUUUCACUCAAGUGCCCUCCCAACGCCAUGGCCCACAAAGCCUUCAAAUCCAUACACCGUCUUGCGUGUGUAA